AUGAUUUUCCUUCGUCAUCAUCUGGAUGAAGGAUUGAAGGUUGAAUACCUUACGGUGAAAGAUCCACUUGAAUCGUGGACUGGUUUGAAGGAAAGGUAUGACCACUUUAAGGCAACGGUUUUGCCAAGGGCUCGUUAUGAAUGGAUUCACUUGCGGUUACAAUAUUUUAAAACUAUAUGUGAAUAUAAUUCUAUUGUAUACAAAAUUACUUCCCAAUUGAAAUUAUCUGGGGAAGAUAUAAAAGAUGAGGACAUGUUAGAAAAGACUCUCACAACUUUUCAUGCCUCAAAUUUGGUAUUACAACAGCAAUACUGUGAAAGGGGAUUCAAAAAGUAUUCUGAGUUGAUCUCAUGCCUUAUUGUGGAUGAGCAACAUAAUACUCUUUUAUUGAAAAACCAUGAGGCUCGUCCCACAGAAACUGCUCCGUUAUCGGAAGCAAAUGAGGUUGAAGCACAUGGGCCUUCACAAAAAUAUGAUGACAAUAUUGAAGCAAAUUUGGCUUUAAAAGAUGAUGAUUUUGAUGACCUUGAUGAUAUUACUCAUUUGGAAGUUGAAGACUUCUUUGGAGAUCAAAACUAA